UUGUCGGGCGCAGUGGCUGAGGAGAAGGGGCAGAGCGUUCCCGCCGCAUGCGCUCCCGGUCGCAGCGCGCCCCAGCCCGCCCAGCAUGUCCCAGACUGUGGCUCUGACCGGCCCCUCGCCCUGGGGCUUCCGGCUGGUGGGGGGCAAGGACUUCAGCACCCCGCUGACCAUCUCCAGGAUUAAUCCUGGGAGUAAGGCAUCCAUGGCUAACCUGUGCCCCGGAGAUAUUAUUCUGGCAAUUAAUGGAGAGAGCACAGAAAACAUGACUCAUUUAGAAGCACAAAACAAGAUCAAAGCAUGUAUGGACCAGCUGAUGCUAUCUGUGAACAGGGCUGAAGGCAAGACUUGGUCUCCUAAUAUUCUAGAAGAUGGAAAAGCACAAGCUUACCGGAUCAACACAGAGUCAGAAUCACAGGAUAAUGGGCCCACUCAGAGCCGAAGAUCAGUGCCCUAUGCUCCCGGAGGGAGCCCCACUGACAACAAACAGGUGUUGAAUUUACAGUACAAUAAUCCAACACGACUCUAUCCAAAUAACAAUGUCGAAUCCAGUUUGCCAGCACAGAUGAGUGGGCUCCAUAUUGCUUCGCCACACAGUGCUGACCCUUUAAAACCUCUCCUGAGAAGCAGAAAUGGAAUUGACAUGGAGUCAGAUGUGUACAAGAUGCUCCAGGAUUAUGAAAAGCCAGCUUCGGAGCCUAAGCAGUCUGGAUCCUUCCGAUAUUUGCAGGGCAUGUUAGAAGCUGGAGAGAAUGGUGAAAAACUCGACCGACUGACUGGCCCUAGAAACAUCAAAUCUCCAGUAUCAAAACUUGGUGGUGCCAUGUCUGGAUUGCAGAUGCUUCCUGAGUGCACCAGAUGUGGAAAUGGGAUUGUAGGGACCAUUGUCAAAGCUCGGGACAAGCUCUACCACCCAGAAUGUUUCAUGUGCGAUGACUGUGGCCUAAACCUGAAGCAGAGGGGAUAUUUCUUCAUCGAGGAGCAACUGUACUGCGAAACGCACGCGAAGGAAAGGGUUAAGCCCCCCGAAGGAUAUGAUGUUGUCGCUGUUUAUCCAAACGCAAAAGUCGAACUUGUCUAAGUGCAUACUCUAUUCCUGCAGAGGUCAAAAGGCAACUCGCCCACCCACACACAUGCCGCUAGUUUUAAAAUAUGUCAGUAAUCAGCUCCGAUUACUAGCGUCUCAGUAAAAUGCCUAUUCAGAGAUAAAGCGGUUUACACUAGGGAUCUCAAGGGGAUGGUGUUGAAAGCAUAUGAACAGAUUUUUUCCUUCCUUUUGACGCUCUGCUUUUGGGUUGUUGUGCUGGGGGGUGUUAAAUAAGUUCUGCCAUGGCCUUGUCCAAGAUCUGUGUAAAUAUUGAUUAAUGUUCUACUCUGUUUCAUAUAAAACCAGUAUUCUUUUUUUUCCUCUUCAUUUUAAAAUGUAAGGAAAACAUUUUAAAAGCUCAAAGGAAAUAAGGCACUUUAACAAGAGAAACUAACUUUUAUUGCAUUGCUUUAGAUCCAUACCUUUCAGUAACACAUUGAGACCAUGUGGAAGCUGUGUUCCUGCAAUGUAGCGUGGUGGUGGGGUGGAGAGAGUUUCAGACAUGAUCUGAUAUUAAGCAGAGAUGACUGUCCUGGGCAAAAAUGAUCUUUUUAAAAAAUAACCAUGGUGAAAUUCACUAGUUAUAUUACAUGGCAUUGACCUGAUCUGCAGACCUGUUCCAGGUUUUAAUAAAAAAGAAUCAAAAAGGCACUUUGCACCUACAUUUUGCUAUAACAGUGGUUCUCAAACUUUUGUACUAGUUACCCCUUUCACACAGCAAGCCUCUGAGUGUGGACCCCCCCUU